CGUAUAUCUAUGAUGCAAGUAUUCCGUGGUUAUCUUUGUACAAAAGUAACCUACCGGCGUAGAAAAAUUAGUUUAUAAUCUUUAUCUUUUAAUAUAAAUAUAGUAUAACAAUUAAAUUAGAUCAUCAUAACUUUGUUAGCUAAAUCAGUGACCAAAAUGCUAACAAAUAUCAUCAAUUCCACUUGUAAAUUGUCCAAACGACCAUUUACAGUAUGUAUAGAGGGAAACAUAGGUAGUGGUAAAACAACAUUUCUAAGACAUUUUAAAAAAUUUAAAAACACAACAAUUCUAGAGGAACCAGUAGAUCUUUGGAGAGAUGUAGGUGGAACAAAUCUAUUAGAAUUAAUGUACAGUGAUCCUUCGCGUUAUGCUUUUUUAUUUCAAUCCUAUGUCCAAUUAACUAUGCUUCAACUGCAUACAUAUAAAACUCCACUACCUUAUAAAGUUAUGGAAAGAUCUGUAUAUAGUGCAAGGUGUUUUAUAGAAAACAUGAAGCGCACAAAAAUAUUGCGUGAUGUAGAAGUAAUGAUUUUGGAAGAUUGGUAUGACUGGUGCAUUAAAUGUGCUAAUAUAGAAACAAAUUUAAUAGUGUAUUUAAGAACAUCCCCAGAAGUUGUAUAUCAGAGAAUGAAAGCAAGAGCAAGAAAGGAAGAAAAUUGUGUAUCAUUAGAGUAUUUGAAGCAGAUUCACGAUAUUCACGAUGAAUGGCUGUAUCAUCGAACGUUAUUCACCGUACCAGCACCGGUUUUGGUAUUGGAUGGAAACAAAAAUCUUGACGAAAUGUUAACAGAAUUUGAAGAUUGUAAAAAACAGAUUUUUGAUAAGAAAAUGGACGAGAAAACUACACCGUCACCAGUAUGUCCUUUACCCGAAGUUACGGCGGAUCCGACGAAUUAACACUUAAACGACCGCUCACGAGAUUUCUCGUGUUUCAAUGCUGAGAUGCGGUCGUUUAAGUAUUAAGAAAUUGAUUGUUAAUUUAGAUUUGUAUAUUUUUAUUUUGUAUAUAUGCAAUGUAAUCGGUGCAGAUUACACUGAUUUAUAAUAUCAUUACAUUUAUAAUAAAAAAUUUGUCCAUUGUAAUAAUGGUACACAUUAUUAUUUUAAUAUACUUAUAAUAUAUCGUAUAUACAUAUGUAAGUAUAUACACCCAAUAGAAAAUAAUUACUCCAAAUUUUUUCGGGUGGAAACUAGCUGUUCCGCGCAAUCGUAUUCGCGACAAGUCCAUAAUACCUUUACUAACUUACCAAUUUCUGCAUCCUUCGUGUUUGCUUGUUUCCAAUCAAGGAGUAUUUGAUAUACUACCUGAAAAGAGAAUUAUAAUAUUAUUAUAUGAUAUAUAAUUUUUUUUUAUAUAGACAACUUACUUCGCCUAUCCCUCUGAAUCUGUAAUUCUCUUCGAAUUGAUCAAUUUGUCCAUCCGAAUAUAAUAACUUUCUAGCAACGUCCCUCCAACCCCGUCCCAUGUAAGUUUUAAUGAUAAAUAUAUCCUCUAAAUUAAUUUCCGCUGUAGAAGCACACAAAUCUUUGAUAUUCGCCGGCAUCUGACGAACUUCUACUUUCGACCCUCUUUCUUCCGAUGUUUCCGCGUCUUUCGAAGAAAAUUGAUUAAUAUUGCAAAUAUAACUGGUCUUCGGACCAAUUUUCACUCCAUUCGAAUUAAUUAUAUUAUAGUUCACAACGUGUGCUCCUUGUGCUGUGAAACAGGAAAUGAUGUAUUUAGUCCAUAAAUAAACCA